AUGCCAGCAGCCCGCAUUGAAAAGUACGGACCAGAAGUCCAGAAGGUGCCUGCGGACGCCCCUCUCGAGGACAUUUUGUAUCUUCUCAAGCGCGACGGUGGGGUCUUCGUCAAAAAUUUGGUCUCUGAAGAGGAUGUCGACAAGGCUUGCGAGGACGUCAAAGAACGACUCGAUGCUGACGUCGAAUGGGAGGGCGCUUUCUUCCCAACGAUGAGAAUCGGGCCGGGAGGAAAGGCGCAGCCUCUGCAUCGGGAUGACUACAUCAGCCACAAUCACCAUACGGAGAUCGAUGAGUGGGACGACGAGCGUGAUCGAAACCGUGAGACGGCUGUGGGACUCUUCGUGGCCGGGUCGCGGGUUACAAAGGAGAACGGUGGAACGCAAUUCAUUCCUCGUAGCCAUCUUUGGGGCACCGACCGCGACACGCCACCGCGAGUGGAUCAAUGCAUCUUUGCCGACAUGGAGAAGGGGGACGCAUUCAUCAUGCUGGCGUCCGCGUAUCACGGUGGCGGCGACAACGUCACCAAGGAUCAGAGGCGGAUGCUCUUCUCCACCUUUGUAGUGCGCGGCUACUUGCGGCAAGAGGAGAACCAAUUUCUUGCGGUUCCGAAGGACGUGGUCAAGGGUUACGACCGGCCAAUUCAGGAAUUCAUCGGCUAUUCCAUGAGCGAGCCGGCUUGCGGCUAUCUGGAACAGCUUGAUCCUAUCUAUGCGCUAAACCCGGAGUUGCUGAAGGGGACCGCGCCGAAGGACUUCUGA